GCCUCGCAGGGAUUCCGGCACAGUCCGUGCGGCCGGCGGGACGGGCCGGGCCGGACAGCGGCGGAGCCCACCAGCAGCCCAAAAAUCCCGGGCUCCCCGGCAAGCCCUCGCCAUGGGAGUCCGCCCCGAAGUUGGCAAAUCCCCGGUUGACAUCCCCAAGAGCUCCAGCACCUGCUCCAGGAGUUUUUUCUGCAACAUCAAAGUGUUUGUGCUGUGCCAUGGGCUCCUCCAGCUCUCCCAGCUCCUCUACAGCGCCAACUUCAAGAGCAGCCUCACCACCAUCGAGAAGCGCUUUGGGCUCUCCAGCCUCUCCUCAGGUUUCAUCUCCAGCUUGCACGAGAUCGGCAACGUGGUGCUCAUCAUCUUCGUCAGCUACUUCGGCAGCCGCGUGCACCGCCCGCGCGUCAUCGGCGUCGGGGGGCUGCUGCUGGCCCUGGGGGCCUUCCUGGUCACCCUGCCCCACUUCCUCUCAGGCCCCUAUGAGUACACUGCCCUCAGCACGGGUAACAAGAGCCAGGGGCAGGUUGAGCUGUGCUAUGCAGAGAGUAGAUUUGUGUGCUCAAACACCACCCGGGACCCCGAGAAGGAGGCCAGCAGUGUGUGGGCCAUGAUGGUCAUUGCCCAGCUGCUGGCUGGCAUCGGCACCGUGCCCAUCCAGCCCUUUGGCAUAUCCUAUGUGGACGACUUUGCAGACUCCAACAAUUCCCCACUGUAUGUUGCCAUCCUGUUUGCCAUUGCUGUGUUUGGCCCUGCCUUUGGAUACUUGCUGGGGUCCGUGGUGCUGAGGCUCUUCGUGGAUAUCGGGAGGGUUGACACUGUGGAGCUGACGCCGAGCGACCAGCGGUGGAUCGGAGCCUGGUGGCUGGGUCUGCUCAUCUCCUCGGGCUGCCUGGUGCUCACCUCCAUCCCUUACUUCUUCUUCCCUCGGUACAUGCUGAAAGGAGAGGAGCGGAACACCGAGGCCGGGAUGCUCAGGAAGAUGGAGACAGGGGCUGCUCAAGACACCUCCCUGCUGGAGUUCAUCAAAAGAUUCCCGAAGAUCUUCCUCAGGCUGCUGCUCAACCCCCUCUUCAUCCUCCUGGUGCUGGCUCAGUGCAGCUUCUCCUCCGUCAUUGCGGGUCUGGCCACCUUCCUCAACAAAUUCCUGGAGAAGCAGUACGGUGCCUCCCCCUCCCAGGCCAACUUCCUCAUAGGAGCUGUGAACCUGCCAGCAGCAGCACUCGGGAUGCUGCUGGGAGGGAUCAUCAUGAAGCGCUUCUCCUUCUCCCUGCGCGCCAUCCCGCGCUUCGCCGUGGUGGUGCUCGUCUUCUCCAUCCUCAUCUGCCUGCCCAUCUUCUUCAUGGGCUGCUCCACAGGGCACAUCGAGGGCAUCUACCACCCCAGCACACCCAAUUCCCAGCAGCAGGUUAAGGCACGGGUUGGGUGCCAAUGCUCUAAGCAGAUCUUCCACCCCGUGUGCCGGAAAAACACCACGGAAUACAUCUCACCCUGCUUCGCUGGCUGCACCAACAGCACCACCAACCCCUCCAACCCCAGACAAACAAUCUACCACAACUGUUCCCUGAAUGGGAAUGAGCUGUUCUCCACCUACACGGGUUCUUGUCCAGUCAGCUGCUCCCAUAUGCUCCUUCCUGCCAUAUUCCUCAUCUCCUUUGCUGCCCUGGUGGCCUGCCUGUCCCACAACCCCCUCUACAUGAUGGUGUUACGGGUGGUGAACCAGGAUGAGAAGUCAUUCGCCAUUGGAGUCCAGUUCUUACUGAUGAGACUGCUGGCCUGGCUGCCGGCCCCAGCCAUGUUCGGAGCCCUCAUCGACUCCUCCUGCAUCUACUGGCAGCAGCAGCAGUGCACCCCGGGCCGCUUCUGCGCCUACUACAACAACGAUUUCCUCCGGAACAGAUACCUGGGGCUGCAGGUGGGCUACAAGGUGGUGGGCACCGUGCUGCUCGCCCUCAUCGGCUGGAAGGUGAAGAGGAGCAAGGAGUACAACGUGCAGGAGAAGGCGGCGGGGCUGGUGUAGCCCCCGAGGAAUGACUCGCACCCCCAUCACCCACUGCCACUACUUUGUCUUGUUUGGGUUUGUUUUACUUCCCACGGGAGCGACUCCGCAGCUCCGAGCUCCCCUCCCGCAGCCCAGGUGCACCCGGCGAGGGAUGCUCCGGGCCAGCCCCGUCCUGGGAAUGGCAUCGCCCGGGGUCUCCAGCCGCGCUCGCCCGUCUCCCUGGGCAGGGGCAGCCCCGGCCAGCUGAGCAGGAGGCAGAGGGGGCUGGAACACAGGGACCCGGAGAAGUGCCUGCUGUGGGCGAUGGUCCCGCUCCGGAGUGACAUUCCCGGCCGGGAGGUGCCUUCCCGGCUGGGACAGGAGCAGGGGAGGUGGCUGCCAGGUGUCCCCCCGGCCGCAGCCCCCACGGAGGUCAGCAGGGACACCGCACACGUGUUGGGACAAGACAGCACAAGGGGUUUAUUGCAGAACAUCUGGGGUUUGUUGCUCUUUUUAUUUUUUAAAUAAAGGUCACUUUUCCAACCGCGGUGCGUUCUUGGUCUCCCCCCACCAGCAAGGCACGCCCUGGGCAGGCUGCAGCUCACAGCCUGGCCCGUGCUGAGCACAUUCCAGCUGGGAAAGGGGAAAAAAUGGUGGCAGAGGGGGACAUUCUUCUGCAGCUCCACCAGUGAUGGGGGAGGGCUGGUAUAGGGGCUACACGGAGCUCAGGGAUGGCUGAGGAGCCCUGCCUGCAGUCCCACGGAACCUGCCAGCCCUGCCUGCCUCUCCCUGAUGGGCACAGGGACACAGGCAGGGGCUGCAGGCACAGCAGAAGGUUUCACCUGAGGUUCUCAUCCCCCAUGGGUUUGUUGGCACAGAUCAGUUCUGGUAUUCAGCUGCCCCUCUGGUGCCUCAGAGAAGGGAUCAUGAACAAAGAAAUGCCUGGCAAUUAAAAAGCUUCAUACCCUCUCCCUCACACCACAGUGCAGAGCAAGAGCCUGGGGUCCUUCUCACCCUUCACCGAGCUGCUGUUUUGGUUGUUUCACACCCCUCAGGUGGGUUUUGGUGAGGGUUUGGUGGGUGGGUUCUGUUAGUCCACACUGUGAUGGAAGCCCAUUUUGUGUUCCAGUACACAGACCACAAUCUGCUCCAGCAUUUUGAAUAUUUUAACUGCAGCUUUGCCUAUUAUAACUAUUAUUAAUGAUCUUUACAAUUAUUAUUGAUCAGAUUGUCAGCUCCUGGUUUCCUUCUGAUCCAUCUCUGCCUGACACAGCACAGCCUUAGGGUUCAUAUCAAGUUCAACCCAUAGCCUAACAAGUCCAGCUACUGAGCUACUUAAAAAUCCUGUCAUUUUUUCAAUGCAGUGGGCUCUGGGCAGGGUACAGUGGGUUUGGGGCUUUCUUUCAAGGACUUUAUGGGUAGAAUGCAUUCAGGCCCUGCUGUCCUUACCCCAUAGCUUUUCCCUGUGGUCAUGGCCCUGCUGCAUCCAUGUUCAUGGAGGGAGCCAAGGGAAAGGAGGACAGGAGCAGACCUGUCCUGGAUUUGCUCUGGAUCACCAAAGUCUUCACAAAAAAGAGCUCUCUCCACAUUAACCCUAUUCCUGUUCCACCUCUACCUGGCACAUUUCCCCUGAACACCCACCUGACCCUCCAUAACUUUCUCCACUUCUUUCACACCAGGAGGUGUGUAACACUCAGCAGGAUAAACCCCAGGAGGGGACGGUCACAAAGGGCACGAGGUGGCCCAAAUGGGGCCAGAAGCUCCAGAAGCAGAAGCUCCUGACCACAAAGGUGUCAGGGUGGUGGCUCUGUGCACAGGGAACAGCUGGAAUACCUGCAUUGAGGAGCCCUGGGAACCACCCCUUGGGAUGCUGAUGUCCAGGCAUUGUUAAUUUUGCUUUUCUUUGCCUUUCAGCAAUCUCUUCUCCUCUUUCAGGUUUUCUGCUAUCCCAGUUAUCACUGUGCUCCUCAUUCUCCUCCAAAAACAUCUGCCUUUUCCAGGGGAACAAUUUGGAGUACAUCCAUAGCAAAAAACAUUGACCAAAAGAGCUUUAGCACAGUGAGGCCUCAGUCCCUGGGGAUGUGUGAACAGAGGGUUCCUGACUCAGGGUCAGGCAGCUGCAGCAAGAAGGGGCUGAGUUUAUCACAUCCCACUGUCCUGCCAAAGCCAUCCCAACACAGCCCUACCGAGCUGCAGCCUCAGGAGCAGCACUCCUAGCCAGCAGAGCCACGGGCUGGGAACAAGGUCAGGAGAGCAAAGAACAAAGCACAGAGCUGACUGGGGAAUCAAGAAAAACAAGAAAACAACACUCAGUUUCCAGUUCUGCUCUCUUCCCUCAGUCACUGGGGAAAACCAGCCCUGAGUAUUUAAAUAUUUUAAAAAUCACAGUGAGGCCCAAAAAACUCCUGGAGUUCUGCUCUGUGCUUCAGCACGAGUGGCUCUGGGUACAGCCCCAGCUCGGCCAUGGCCAUGCAGCCAUUCCCCAGCCCAGGAAAGCUGAGGCAUCUCAUCUCCAUCCAGCACAGCCACAGGGUGCCACAGCCACCUCCAGGGCAGAGCAGUGUGCUCUGCCACCACAGCAGGCUGGAGCUUUCCUGUGCACAUCACCAAGGUGCCUUUCAAUUAUGAUUUGUGGGCAUUUUUUGCUACGUGAUUAUCAAUUUCUCAAUUGAAACCAAUCAACCAACUGAAACCAAUCUUGGUCAAGUCGGACCAAGAAAUACAAAACCAAAAAAAUACCUCAACCCCAAAGCCCUCUGUGUGCAGAAAA